UUGCCGUCAGUUAUGUCAUGUAGUUGAUGUUGCUUGGCUUAUUGCUUGCUUUCUUUACUUUGCUUGUUGUACGCGCGUCGUUGGUCAAUUGGAUUGUUUAUCUGAAAGAACACUUACCGCAUAAUAAACAAAAUCGACAAUCUACCUCAAGUGCUUGUAAUAAAACGAAAGAAACUCAAAGCUGUGCCACAAAAACGAGGAUGUUUAGAAAUAUGUGAAAGUGACAGUCAGGGAUCGACUUAGUUUUUUGUGUGAUUAUAAUGUUAUUUCACAUAUUUUCAAGUACCGCCAGUUAGUAUUGUUGUGCGAACAUUAGAAAUGCUGCAAUUGGGGUAUCUUUCGUGUAUAGAGGACACUUGAUCGCGGGACACUAUGUUCGAUGCGGGAUAGACGUGGAGUACACUGAUCAUCCUAUUCGGCUAUAAUGCAACACGACUAUUUGCCGGACGGGACCAGGAGCAGGUUCGAGAGGCGUAAGCCAACUAAAGUGCUCAAAAUAGCAGAGAGUUUCACAAAUUUGGACGAGACGGCGAAGGCUGGACGAUAUGUUCGCGGUCCACAUUCUAACGUUGGGAGAAGAUACAGGGAGGAGAAUGGCGCCAGAACGAGGCGUGGGAUGUGUUGUGAUGAGGAGUGUGAUAAGGAGUCAAGUGUUAGUGAGGAUUGUGAAAGACUUGGUGACAGAAGAGUGACGGGUUCCUCGUGCACUGCGCUCAGGACGGCGGUGGCCGCGUUGUAUCCCUUUGACGAUUUUGUCCUCGAGAAAAUCGGGACCGGAUUCUUCUCCGAAGUUUUCAAAGUGACACACAAGACUUCAGACAAGGUGAUGGUCCUAAAAAUGAACCAGCAACGGGCGAACCGGCCCAACAUGCUCCGGGAGGUGCAGCUCAUGAACAAGCUCAAACACCCCAACAUCCUAGGAUUCAUGGGCGUAUGCGUGCACGAGGGUCAACUGCACGCGCUCACGGAGUACAUGGAGGGCGGUUCCCUGGAGCAGGUGAUACUGGGCCGCCCGCCAGAGCCCCUGCCCCAGUCGCUGCGGAUCUCGCUGGCGGCGGACGUCGCCGCCGGCAUGAAGUACCUGCACUCGCUUGGAGUCUUCCAUAGAGACCUUACUGCUAAGAACGUAUUGUUAAGAAAACAUAGUGAAGAUAACUAUACAGCUGUCGUGGCUGAUUUCGGUUUGGCAGCUAAAAUACCUCACCCCGUUAACGGCUACCGCCUACCAAGCGUGGGCUCGCCGUGGUGGAUGUCGCCGGAAUGCCUCCGGGGACGAUGGUACGACCACCGCUCAGACAUAUUCUCCUACGGGAUCAUACUGUGCCAACUCAUCGCCAGGGUGGACGCCGACCCGGACGUGCUGCCGCGCACGGACAACUUCGGCCUCAACUACAUGGCGUUCGUGGAGCUUUGCGACGAGACCACCGUGCCGGACUUCCUCAGGCUCGCCUUCAACUGCUGCAUUUACGAGCCCAAGGCGCGGCCACUAUUCCCGGAAAUAGUGAGCAAGCUGGCCGAGGUCAAGGAAGGCCUCGACGAUGCCGCUUGGGGGUGCCACACGCCAAACAACUCCUACGAAAGCGAGGAGGCGGACUCGUCGGGCCCGCGCUCGUGCCCCGGACUGUACGCGUGGCGCCGCCCGCUGCGGUACAAGGCGGACGGCAGCCCGCGGCCCGGACACCACGACCAACUGCAACACCGGCGGUCGUUGUCCGAGCUCGAGUGGGUAUCGGCGGGCGCAAGCGGCGCCGCCGGCGGUGCGAGUGCGGGCGGGGGCGGCGUGGGCGGCGUGGGCGGCGUGGGCGCGCACCGGUCGGCGUGCGCGCUGGGCGGCGCGGGCGGGUCGCGCGCGGCGCCGCCGCCGCGGCUGGCGCGCCUGCACCGCCUCGCGCACAUCAUGCUGCUGCGGGACGCGCACGCCGCGCCGCACCCCGCGCGCCGCCCGCUGCACACGUUCCGCGGCGUCAAGAAGAUCCUCGAGCCGCACCCCCACCCGCACCCCAACGCGCGCGCCGCCGGCUUCUCGUCCUGCGUCGAGCUGCCGUCGCCGCUCGUGCGCCUGCGCGAGCCCGAGCUCGGCCUCUCGGACGACGAGCCGCGCUGCGCCUCGCUGCCCUCGUCGCCGGGCCUCAGUCGCCGCGGCAGCCUCGAGCGCUCCGAGCCACCGCCACCACCACCGCCCGCGAAGCCCGGCGACCGCUUCGGCCUCCAGCGCAGCGGCUCGAGCGUCGAGCUGCGUCGACGCGGCUCCUGCGAGAGCGGCAUCUUCUCGGUCGCGAACGAGGACUUCUGCCCGCAGCACCCGGGCGCCGAGUGUUUCUACGGCGCGAUGUGCCCGUGCUCGCUGAUGGGCUGCAAUCGGUGCUGGUGGUGGCAGCGCGACGCCGCGUCGGACCGCUCGCUCGACGACGAGUUCGACGAGCCGAGCCGCUCGCUGGACGCGGACUCGGAGUGCGAGCGCGGGCGCGUACGAGUGUGUGCCGACUGCCUGCUGCUGUACGACCGCCUGCUCAACGCGCGCACGCCCCGUGCGCCGCGCCCGCCCGCCUCCGCCGCGUCCGCUGCCUCGAGCCCUUUCGUACUCGACGACUCUGCACUGUCCACCACGACUGUGAGCUCGCUGCGCAGCCUCGACGACCUCGAGGAGACGCCACCGCGCGACGACGGCGUCGCGGCGCGGCGCGAGCCGGAGGCGGCCGCGUCGCCGUUCCUGUGCGGCAAACUGGCGGCGGAGGCGGGCGAGGGCGAGGGCCGCGAGUACCACGUGCUGCGGCGCUGCUGCUGCGCGGGGCGAGGCGCGUGCGGCGCGGCGGACGCGGCCGCCGUGGACGCGGACGCACUGCGCCGCGCGCUGCGUCCGUCCAGCGUCUACACCGACAGCUCGGAGGACGUCGCCUCGCUCGCCGGCUCCGACAGCCUCUACUGCGACGACCGCGUGCCGCGCCACGUGCGCUCCGCGCAGAUCUCCAAGAUCGUCGAGUACUUCGAGCGGAAGGGUGCCGACUUCACGUGCGAGCGCACCGCGAAGGGGCACUCGCGGUUCAAGAUGAGCGCACUCGGAAGCAAGGUUGAGAUGCUGCAGUUCGGCAAGGGCAAGGAGGGCGAGAGGAGCGAGAAGGAGUACCCGGUGGACGUAAAGCACCGCGGUGGCGCGGCGGGCGGCGGCCGCCUCGAGCUGGUGACGGACGACGGCUGCGGCCGCAAGUGUCUCGCGCAGCAGCGGCUCAUGAUCUGCGAGGGCGCCGUCAAGUCGAAGCUGCCGCUGUUCGACAAAAAGUCAUAGCGAUGUGUCAAGUUUUAACGGAGUUCGGUGUCCGUGCGCCUCCUAUCGAUCGGUGGCCGCUGUUCUUGAACGAUUUGUGUCAAAAUUCGAGUGAUCGAUGACUUCCACAGUGUUUUAUAUUAAAAUGUGUAUAGAUACAAAGCAAUAAUUCGAUAUUGUAAAUAGACUAGAAGCCGCACUCUGUAGUGUACGUUUACAUAGAGGCUCAAUUUAGAUGGUUUCGAUUUUAUGUACACUAUAUAGUGAGGUUUCAAAAACAAGUUAAACAGAGCGUUAUGUCUAAUUAUUAUGAAAUAGUCACUUUAUGUUUAUAAAUUUCUUAUGAUCAUCAAAAAUCAAAAAUGUAGUUGUGAAUAUGACGUUCAAAACACUACUGCUGAAUCAGUGGUAGUCUCAAAUCGAGAAUACGACAAUACACAAAAGUGUGAUCCAUAUAUUAUAUCUUUGUUCACAAUACACGACUGAGUAACAGUAAGCAUUUGUUGAAUUUUCAUUUUUCCGAUAACGAUGCCUUCUUUCUCUUUAAUUCAGGUUCCUAUAGGUGCACUUUUAAAUUUGUUAUAUUCUUAAUAUAUUCACAUGUUUAAAACUGACGUGUCUUUCUAUACCGGGUUACAAGAAAACUGGUCCUCCCAUCCGGCUCGAAGGACUAAACGGCCUGUGCCCUAAUAAUUAUUAGAGAGUAUCUAGUAAAUUAAUGGCGUAAACGGUGAUAAAAAAAGUCUAUAACUCAGCUUAUAGAAUAUCCUCUCUAACUAAUCACUAUAUAAAAACUUAUAAACAUGAAGUUAUGUAAAUAUAUAUACUUCAUGCUAUAUAAGUAUUUAUUGAAGAUAUUUUAUAUUCUGACGAAAAAGUAAAAUAUUCUGCAAAAUAAUAUAAAAAGGAACCCUAGUUUUCUAAUAAUACUGAUAAACCUAACAGAAAUUUGUCUUAAAGGGAAUGAAAGCAUAAACACUCCUAGACGUGUUUUAAUAAAUCAUUAGUUUGUUGCGAUUAGUCAAUGCGCGGCCGAUAAGUCCAAAUGGCCUCAGUAAUUAUAAGGCCUUUAGUCGAUUCUAGUUUAAAUUAUAAUUCUAAGACAUUUCAUAUAUUUCGCAUUUCCAUUAUGAAAGUUGUUCUUUAUUUCUUAGCCUCGUCGUCAUUGUAUAUCAGGGAAGUACUGUAAAUACGUUUAGGUUAAUUGUUUAAUUAAAAUAUAUAAUUUAUAUACAGUAUUAUAUUUAGUACUUGCCAGUUCAGAUAAUUUAAACUUGUAAAUACGUUAUUAAAUAAAUAUACCUACGUAAUAUUUUUUAUCAUAAUAAUAAUUUUGUACUACAAAUUUGGGCUCAAUUCCGCCAUUUUUCUAUACCUGUUUCUUAACUUUUUAUUUUAAUUUAUGAUAUUUUCGCGAAAUUUAUUGUAAACUAAAUUUAUAAUAAUUUUAAUUUAAAUCUAUUAUAAAUUUAGUUCUUAUUAAUCCUUAGAAUAAAGAUGUCGCUGUGAUAUCAAAUUGAAAUUUUAAAUUUAGAAUUAGGUUUAGAGAAACGGCGUCACAGAAUCGAACCCAUAGUAAACGAUUUUUAAGUACUACCGAAUAGCGAAUUAUACUCGAGUUAUAUUUCGUGUCUUUUUCCGAAUGGAUAUUUGUUUCACAUCGACUAGGUUGUUUAUUGUUGCAUAAUCAUCGUCAAUAUAUUAAAUAACGAAAUUUCUUUUUCCUAUUUUUAUUUUAAAUUAAUACGUUCUAGGCGGUCUGCCAUUUUUAUCUAAUCAUCGGUACGGGCUAAAUUCGUCCUAAAUUAUAUAAUAUAAUAAUGUAUAAAAUGGCACGCAACUAGUCUUAUUAAACGUGUCUACUACUUAUUAUGAAUCCGUCGUGUAAUGUUAGUAACUAAAUUAGAUGUGCGGUCACUGCUAGAAAUAUAUCUGCAUCUUUAAUGAAUGUUUAAGUGAAUAAAUCGUUCAGUGAAUUCGUGAAUUCGAUUAUUUUGGGGUUUCAAAUUAAUGUAGUAAUAAAAUAAAGAUAGAACAUAGAAUGAAAAUUACAAAUAUAAAAAAAAUAUAAUAUUAAACAGUCGAUUUGAUUCGUACUAUACAGGCAUGACGAUUGCUACGAAAUCUAGCAUCAAAUAUUCUACUACAUUGUUUCAAUGAUUAAUUUAAUUAGUGAUUUCACGCGUAAGUCAUUCUCUAUUAUACGUUACUUCUACUACACUAACAAUUUCAAUCACUGUCUUUUAAAUUUGACUUUACAUUAUAAAGAAUGAUAUCAAACAAUCCACUGUCCACUUGAUGGAAAGUGGCAAACUUCAUCUUUAAACAUGGCAUCCCCAUGGCACUCGUUUCUGAAUGCUGUCCCCAAAACUAAUUCGAACUGUGUCAAUUAAGACCUUAGAUACGAAGAUGUUGAUAUAUUUCUAGUCGACAACCGUGAAACGCGAGUUUGAAAUUAUAGAAUAAGCUCUGAAUGUAAUGACCUGAGCGGACAUGGAACAGCGCUCGGCGUACUUUUUUUUUAUAUAGAAAGUACGCAGUUCUUUUGCUGCCCUACACAAGUGUACAUAACUGUAAACGUUCUUUUACGUUUUUUUUUUUAAUUAUUUUUGAAGAAAAAAAAAGCCCUACUUAACUGAUUUAUAUCAAGGGCAAAGACGUCAGAAUAAGGCUAACGAUCAUACCUAUUUCUUUUCUGUCAUUAUUCAUAUACACCGAGGACUGUUCGUCGUGUGCCCAGGCCUUUAACUGGGAGAACGCGUAGACGAGAUAUAAAUGACCCUUAAACAAAAUCAAAGUGUACAAACAUGUGUCAAAAAUUACGAGAAUGUUUCAACGAAACCAGUAAUUAGUUCCUUUAUUAUAAUAACACGAACUGUAAUAUGUCUAAUUGUAGGCAUUGCCAUGGGUUGCAGUGUAAAAGCGAGAAAGUAAACAUCGCCUAUAAACAUGAAUAGUACGUGGACAUCACCGCUUUAUAGAUUUAUUUUAUAUCCACGUUAGUUACGUAAAACUAUAUAUAUAUAUAUAUAUAUAUAUAUAUAUAUAUAUAUAUAUAUAUAUAACUAGUGUAUAUACUUACAUUUUUAAACACAUUAACACAUACAGAAUUACGAUACAUAAAAAUGUCCAGACCAUUACCAAAACUAAACUGACUUACCAAACAUAUGUAACAUGGUCAAGUCUGCACCUGUUGCUAUAAAAGACAAUUUAUACAACCUAUAUAACCCUCUAACUAAAAGAUCUACCUAGAACCGUCUGUACCGUAUCUAGAUCCUAUUAAAUACAAUGUUCUAUCUCUCAAUCCGGCUCGAAGGACCAAAAAAUAUUAAAAUAUAUAUUUAAAUAAUAUCUUCAAAUUACGUUCAUUUUCCAGUUUUAAUAUGGAGAAUUCUACAUUAAUAUAUUUAUGGAGAUAAAUAUACACUGACCACUUCGACAAAGCGACAUCUAGCGACUUAAGAUUGAACAUUUUCUAUAUUUCAUAGACAAACCCAAAACAAUACUAGGCACUUCUCACUGGUAUCGUUGAAACAUACUUAUAAAAUAAAACAAUAUUUUUGUAAAUACAGUAUUACAAUGUGUAUUUAAAUAUUUAUUGUCUAUAUUCUCUAUAACAUCAGGGUAUUCGUGGAAUUUAUUAUAGAGGAAUCCCAAGAUCGUGUAAUUGAAUAUCCAAUAUAUUUAAAAGAGACAAUACGGAGAGAUUAUUUUUUUUAUUUAUACUUAAUCCCAGCUGAGAUUUACACGGGCAAUUGAUUUGUUAAACAUUUGACGAAAUCAAAUGCACAUUUUUAAUGUCAUACAAUUUUCAAUUAUUAUACAAAAUACGUAGCGUGAAUUCAAAUUAUUUUUAAUCUAUGAAAUUGUUAAGGGAACGUUGAAACUUGCGAAACGACAUAUUUUCACCAAAAAACGUCGAAAAAUACAAAAAGUCUCGGCGGUCAACUUUUUUUUUUUUUAGUUCUCAUUAUUCCUAUUCUUAAAUAUUCUAAAGCAUAGAUAGAUUCUAUUAUUUUUACGUACCUAAUACGUAACUCCAUAUUUUAUACUAUCUCAGCGCUACAAGUAGUAUCUAGUAUAUUUGGGUCAGACAUUUGGACAUAUCGCAAUGGUAAAUGUGCAAUAAUUGUCAGAAGUACACGCUGAAAGUGAUUUAUACAUAAUUGGAAAUUAAAAAGAUAAAAUAUCAAAACAGGUGGAGUCUAUUCGUAGUAGCCGUUCUCUAUGUUGGCUCUCAAAUUUGAAUCGCCAAUAAAACUGCUACUCUUUAUAAUAGGACUAUACGAAAACAGCUCAAACCAUAAUAUUCAGAAGUAUAUAUUUUUACAUGGUGGAUGUUUAGGUUUCAGUGUUGCUAGAAAAGUAUGUUAAAGCGCGCAUUUUUAAAAUUGGCAAUUUUCAUAAUAUAUACCUAAAAAUAGAGGUGGUAUUCAAUUCAUUGGUUUUUUUUUUUUUACCUAAAAAUAGAGGUGGUUUUCAUCUAUAUUUUUUUUUAAAUGCUACCUCAUAUACUUGACCAUCUAUAAACCGUUUUGAGAAUUUUUUUUAUCUGAUUCAGACUCAUUUUGAUUCACAUUCGAUUUGUUCUAUUAAAAUUGUAUUAAAAUCGGUUAAGUAGUUUAGUUUUUAAAUCAAAAUAAAUUAUUUUGCCACAAUUGAUUACGAUGUUUUUUUUGUGUGAAGGAAAUCACAAAAUCUUAUUGUCUAGGCAUUUGUAGAGAGACUAUCUAGGUGUUAAUAAUAUAGACAACAAAGAUUGCCCGUGUAACACCAAUAGCGAGAGUUAAUUUUACACGAAUGAAAAAAAAAUAAAGAUAUAUAAAAAACAAAAAUACUCCGUAUUUUUAAUAUGAACUACCGACAUAUUUACAUUGAUCAUCAUUCUGUUGCAGAAUAUAGAUAAUAUCUGUGCCAAAUCAUUUCAUUUAUAAUAAUGUUGAUAUAACAGAUCUUGUACAUCAUUAUAUGUUUGCUAAACAAAUGAAAAUCAUUUGCGAUAAAGAAAUGUCUACGAGCAAUUAUGUACAUCCGUCCAAAUCACUCGCGGAAUCGUUUACCUACCCGCAAAUAUUGGAACUAUUGUUUACAUUUAAAAAAAAAGCGCUGUAAUCUCAUGUUUUUAAACUCUUGCAAGCCUAUUACGUCAUAAAUAGCUAAAUAUACGUUCGUCGAGGCGACUUAUAUAAUUAUUCAACUAAUUUUAAAGGAUAUAUAUAUAUAUAUAUAUAUAUAUAUAUAUAAUAAAUCUAACAUAUGUACAUUUGUGAGCAAUUUGCUAUCGUAGGUUCGUAAUAAUAAUUAUUCGUACAUGAGUAAUAAAUCUACUUAUCAAAGUCCAAAUUUUUGUUCGCUUAGGCUGCUUGUUGUGUAAUGCAAAACAACUACCUAACUCCUCUUUAAAUAAAUUUCUGAUAAUAUCAAAUUAAAUAAAGAAUUACAGAGAACAAUUAUUGCUUUACAGAGUUUCAAUGAUAAUUCACUGGACUGGACACAAGUAAUUUAAUUUUGAAAGACUGUAACUGAGUCAAAAGUGAUUUUGACCACUUUAAAAAGUAUUACAACCGGUCAAAUGAUGCGAACUCGAAUCCAAAAUAAUUAUGACGGAAAACUGUGACUGUAAUGUCUACGCUUUUGACUCUUUAAAUGCCUUAUAUUGCUUUUUAUAUUUCAUUAUGAAAAUUGAAUAACUGAAAAGAGACUGUUUCGAGUAUAAUCAAAUGUAUUUUGGUUUGUGGAAAUUGAUUUAGAUUAAUUAAUUUUUAAGUAGUUACGAUAUUUCUUUCUUUGUCAAAUGUACCUGUUGAAACGAUAAUCCGGAUAUGUUAAAGAUUGCAAUAAAAUUUCUCAGUUUAAUGCAA